AUGAAUCAAGGCAAAACCACUGAUUUUUCUCUCACCGUACAUUCCCGAGCCGCCUUGCUGCUGGUCGGGUCUAGCACGCUUCAUCUCCGCGCCGCCGCCCCCGCCGCCACCGCCGCCACCCCCGCCCGGGUAGCCUCCCGCGCCCUGGUAUGGAGCGUUGUCGUACGGCCUCUUGUGCAUACCCCCGCCGCCGCUGUGGUAUGACAUGGUUAUUUAGUUCCCGAGAGAAGAGAGGCACGAAAGAGUCUCGUGCUGAAAUGAAGGACGGGGUCGUCUGGUCUUCGCGCGAAAAACUUUUUCCGGAUCCGCCAAAGAGAAGGGUUGGAUCUGAUCGGAAAUCUGCUGCUCUGUCGCUCGUUCUCGCAGCCCUUGUCGAGCCAACGCUCCUAGAUCUCUCUCGCGCGCCUGCGUUGUUGUAGAGAACAGCACCUGGCGUUGCGGGGCGAUCGAAUGUUUUUGUCUAUCAGUCUCCGGCGCCUCCAGCUGCCGCCAAUUUGAGGGGCACCCGCGAAAUGUUUUUACAGGGGUGUACUUCUCCACUCAUGCAUUGACGGACUCCCUGAGCAGCGCUCGAAGCAGCAGCAGGCACAGUGUUAUUUGGUUUAUAAUUUUUUUUUUUUUUAUUGGUCCUUGCUCCGUCAGUACGAGACGCCCACCGCGCGGUUGGUGUCGCAGAAGAGACGAUCCGCUAGAAGGUGCACUGCUGAAGGGUAGAGGAGAAGAAACGACGCGAAUCGGUCCACAAGGCCCGACGUAACACUGGUCAAGGCGGCUAAACAGGCAUAAUCGAACCUCGGUAUACUGUUGUCACACUCACACUUGAGGUGCUGGUGCAAGUUUUGGGCGUUCGGUAGCUAUCUGUGCUUCAAACCGAAGCUACCUCGCAAGAGGGCCUCAGCAGGGCUUCAACACGCGGAGCAUCUCGGUGCAGUCGGUGCAGCAGCGGCACCAGGCCCAGGGGAGCUUCGGCGAUGCUUCGCAUGUGACCGCCCCGGUAGCCGCGACGGGUGCUCGACCAAUUGGCAGCACGUGGUGGACUCCGAAUACUGGGCGGAGCUGGGCGAGUGGUCUGCAACGGUAGGGGAAGGGUGGACUCAUGAGCGCGACCUUGUAGGAGACCCUCUCAAGGCGGGAGAGUGCAUCUGUCGCCGCGCCGACUGUGUGGUUAAUUUGUACCAAAGGUACCCGUCGACGGGCUCCCAGGUGACUCAUGCGUCCUGUCAUAUGCAUCGAUCUGGGCGAACUCUAGAACGUUGAAAUUGUAGGAAGACGCGACAACGUUGACCCCCGUGAAAACUUUCACCCCGUUCUAUUUUUUCUGGUCAAGUUAUCCUUUCUACGUUCCCACGUGACUACGUAGAUAUGUAUGUGAGUUUCUGGGAUCGCGACCGUCACCAUGUGCUGUUGAUGGUGUAGUAUUCUACCGAGUGGUGGACGUCCCAUCUCUCAACCUUGCAUCGGUAGCCCUCGCCUUACUCCUUAUUUCUCGAGUGGCAUUGUUCCCUUUUCCUUUGUUUUGGUUCUCACAUAAGAAAAUGGUAAGUAAGAGGAUGCUGUGGUCGUGCAUCGUUGUCUGUCCUGCCCGUGUUGGUCGAAGAGUCUCGUGGCAGGAGAGAGGGAGUCGACCCCACCCCCACAAGUCAACGGCAAAAGAUAUGUAGAGCGCCCGCGAGGAGGGUGGAAACAAACAUAUUUAUGCUGCCAGCAUGCCAGCAUACUCCCUCUGCCAGGUAACACCUAACAAAAUGAAGAAAUAUUAAGUACGA